AUGCCACUUACACCAGUUGCUUUUGUUCCGCCAGGCUGCAGCUCACAAUGCUCGCGAAGUCUUGUUUCAAAAUCUAAUCUUUUCGCGUUUGCUUCUAUACAUAGUAUUUUAUUAUACCAAAUUGAUUCCAGAGUCUUGCCCAAUGUCGGCGACACCAAUCCCACAGGGUCUAGUGUUCCAGAAUAUCGUAUUGUAUCCCUUUUCGGUAGUGGCUCGCCGUCGGAGAUAAUAUCCUACGAUUACAACGAGGAUUUUAUGGCCUGUCUGACCGCGCAGAAGCCCUGUGUGACGGUCUGGAGGCUAUCCAAUGGUGAGUGCAUCACUGACGAAAAGAUCCCCGCCUCGCUUGGUAACCUUUUUCAGAGGUCAGGGAAGCCCACCACGCUGUGCGUCGCUGGAAAGAAUCACUUGAUUUUUGGUACCUCCACUGGUCGGCUUGUUUCGUUGAAUACGAGCGCAUCCGACAAAACCCCGGCGGAGCCACGCUUUGUGGUGGUUCCCACGCCCACCCCUUCUCUCAAGGCUCCCACCGACCUUUAUGGGAAGCCCAUAGGAAAUAGCUUCGACUCACCUAACCUCGGGGUGUCAGGUAGUGGGCAAAGGGAAGCUGCUGAAAGUGUGGAGUGCGUGGCCGUUUCACCCGUUCGCGCGGAUCUCGUUGCGUGUGGGACGUCGGAUGGAACGCUUUGUUUUCUCACGCUGAGCGCGACGGCGGGGCUUACCCCGACGGCCUCUUUCUUCCCUUUUUCGCCCCCUAAUAAGGAAAAAGACAGCCUUCUCACGCCGAACCCCCUCCCGGUUUCCGUCAUUGCCUUUGAUGUAGGGGCCGUCAACCAGCUCGUGGUCGGCUCUCGGGAGGGCGGUCUCGCUUUGUGUGAUAUCAGCAACCCUAAAGGGCCGACCCUGGUGUUUGAACACAAGGAAAGCGUGAGCGCGAUCGCGUGGGUGCCGGGGAAAGCGGGAACCUUUUUCACGGUGAAUCGUGGAAGUAAUCUCAUGCACAAAUGGCAGGUGGGUGCGAAAACGGCCUCCACGAUUAUCCCGCUGGAUGCUUCGCUUGGGAUCAAAGGCAUCGCGAGCCUUGACGGUGAUCACGUUUCCCUCGGCUUCACCAACGGCACCGUGGCGGUGUAUAACCUCCUCCAGCGGCAAUAUGAGUUUCAAACGGAAGGGGGAAACACACAGACGGUGCUCGCCUGCCGGUGCUCACGCCAUGAUCGUGAUCUCAUUGCCUCCACCGGGGUGGAAGGGGAGAUUCGGGUGUGGAAUACGCGAACGAUGACGCUGCAGUAUCGAAUCGAGGUGAGUGGCCAGGUCGCCGUGCACGCGGUGGAUUGGUCGCCAAAUGGAAAGUACCUCGUCGCCGGGCUCAGUAAUGGCGAGGUGGUGCAUUUUACCUGUAGUACGCAACGCCAGGGGUGGCGAACGCCCGUUUCCGUCGGGGCAGUUUGUCGGGUUCUUUGGCUUCCCGCCUCGGCGGAGUCGACGAGUUUGGUGGUUUGCACCUCAAGCACCGGGGUGGCGCUCUUAUCUGCGAAGAAUGGCCAGGUCCUGCAUCGGUUGAGUGCGCCCGGCGGGGCGGGGAUCCGAAGCUCCGAUGUGGAACCCACCAAGGGCAAAACCCUCGCGAUGGGCUGCGCGGAUGGGAAUAUUUACCUCUUCAACCUUCUUUCCCCGAACGAGAAACCGAUGCUGACGCUUUCCGGCCAUGUCGAGGCGGUCCGCGACCUCGCCUUCCACCCCUCGGCGGCGUCGUUUUUGCUCUCGGGGGGGCAGGACGCGACCCUGCGGGUGUGGGAUCUCUCCUCGAGUGAUUCCCACGCGAUUUGCGUGAAAUCCCGGGUGCUGCGUGGGCAUGGGGAAGGGGUUGGCGGUGUGGGGUGGUGUGGCCUCGCGCCGUACCUCGCCUUUUCCGGAUCGGACGACCGCACGGUGGGGUUGUGGGAUAUCCGAGGGGAGGGGCGGAGCCUCGCGCGGGUUCGUCGCCACGCGGCGGGGGUGGUCGCGAUCGCGAGUCAUCCGGAGCGGCCGCUGGUGUGCUUCUCCGCCUCGCGGGAUGGGGCGAUGGUGGGGUGGUGGGUGGCGUUGCUUUCCCCGGUGAGUCUUCGCGCGGCGGUGGAGGGGGUGGAGUCGUUAGGAGGGGGGGAUGCCGCCGCGUUGAUGUCGAGCGAGCCCACCCCCAAGGGGCUUCCCGUCGCCGGGUAUGCCGUGCAAAAUUUAACGAAAGAACUCGCCCAAGCGGCGAACAAUCCGGUGGAUCGGAGUGGGAAACUUUUGGGGUUCUUCGAAUUCCCGCAGGGGUGCUCGGACCUGUUGCAGCUCGCCGCCUACGCGAAAGACCCGUCCAGCUACGUGGCGGAUCCCAAAGCCGCCAUCCUCCCCGUCGCGAAAAUCCUCGACGCCCAAAAAGCACGCGCGAAGCAGAUGCACGAUAAGGCGCGGGGAAAAACCGUCGCCGCGUUAGGACCGGCCUACCGCCAGAAACGACUGAUGGAAUCCGCGAAGGAGCUGCUCAAAGUAGGCCAAUUCGAGGACGCCUGUAAUGCGUUUAUGGAGGCGGAGGCCUGGGAUCCGGCGCUGGCGAUCGCGCCGAUGAUCAGCCGGGAGUUCUGGCGAGGGGUCUGCCUCAAAGCGACGGCCGCGAUGGAGGCCGCGGGGGAUGCCCGUGCGGUGAUGUAUGCCAUUCUCGCCGAGGAAAGCGCGCGCGCCGCGCAGACGCUCACCCGCCUACGUGGUGGGGGAACCGUCUACGAUGAGGCGGUGGCGAUCGCGCGAAGCUGCCCGCAGCGGGAUUCCACCCCUUCUCCUGGGGAGGGGCCGCAUCCGACGGGGCUUUUUACCGCGACGGAACCCGCACGACGAGGGGGAGUCGACCUCCAAGGCGCUAGCCCCGCCUCUCAGGUCGUUCAACAGCAGCGAAUGGGGGCUUUGUUGCGCGGGCGAAACCCUCGCAUCCUCGCCGCCCUCCACCUCGCGAGUGGCGCCUCCGAUGAGGCGAUCCGGGCGCUUCUCCACGCCGGCGAGGUCGGCCUCGCGCACGCGUUGCUGCCGCUCCUCCCGCUUCGCGAGCAGGCGACGAUCGACGCGAUUUCGCUCGCGGCGACGCUGCGGGCGGCGCGGGGCGGGGCGUGGGAGCUCGCCCUCCUCCUCGCCGCGCGCCACUCCAACCCGCAUCACCCCCUCGCCACCCUUUUCGCCCUCUUUCAGGACGUCCAGGGGAGAAAAACAAACCCGACGAAAGGAGGAGGCGGGGAGACCCCUUCGGAGGCUUUGAAAGCCUUCCGGGAGCAACUUCGGGUGCGAUGUGAGGCGUUACAGCUGCCUCUCGACCCCGCCGUGAUUCAGCAGAAACACGCGAACGACGGCCUCAGCUCGCAGAAUCAAAUCGCGGCGAUGGUGUUGCAAGGGGGCGACCUCGCCACGGCACCGCACAUCCUCCAGAGCAUCUGCGGUUUCCUGGAAAACCUCCUGGAGGUGGCGUUGCGCGAUAUCAACGGCGCCGACGCGAACUUUUACCUCAAGCAGGCGUUUAACGUCACCGGUUACGUCGCGAUCCCGCCUAAUCGAGCGGGCGAGGUGACCACGCAGGGUGCGGAUCACCGGCGUUUUCUCGCCCUCGCGUUUCUCCUCGCAUCACUAAUGGGAGUGAAGGUGUAUCGCUUUCCACGGCUCCUCAACCCCGCCUUCGCGCGGGCGCGGGAGUUCGCGAAGGGCAACACCACCCUCGAAGGGCUCGUCGGGAAGGUGCAACCGGUGCUCGCAAAUUACUCCCCGCAUUCGUCUGCGGUGGAGUGCCUGGCGCCGUGCGCGGAGCUGCCGGCGGUGGGGUUGGAUGGGAAGCUGCUGAUGUCGUCGUUGACGUCGUUGCCCGUCUACGGCGCGGCGUAUCCUCUUGAGGAUGGGGUUUCCGUCAUCUCCAAAGGGGAGGCGCUCGAAUGGGGGCUUUGCUGCCACUUCUCGUUGUUAGGAUCAGGCGCAAGGAUGCUGGUGAUGUAG